AUGACACUCUUGAAGGCGCUAGAUUCUUUACGAUUAGAAAACGGCCAACCUGACAAAGUCAAACGGCGUUCACAGUUAAGUGAGAUGGUAACAGUUUUAUCCAUAGAAGAAAUUCGACAUCUCAGGGCCAAGCUCGAAUCAUGUCUUUGCAGCAAUGGGAAUAUCAAAUUCCAACAAUUACCACCGGAGAUUUUUCUCAUUAUUGCGAAUUAUCUUGACAUUGAAGACUUAAUACGGAUGAAAAUAGUUUCUAGAACAUGGAAUAAGAUAUUUUCCGACAAGGAAUUCUGUCUUCAAAUGAUUAAGAAAAAAUUCCCACAUGCCAUGAAUUGUCAAACUAAAGACUUAAAAACUGAUAGCAAUAUAGAAAUACCGAUUGUUGAUCCUACUGUAUGGCUUCGACAUGCAAUCAUUAACAGAGUUCGCCGGGAACGAGGCUUCUCAUCAAAUAUGAUGAGAUGUGAUUUGAGAUGCAACUAUCCUAAGCUAAACCUCAAAUAUUGCAAUGGUCGGAUAGCUUUCCAAAAAGAUGGAAUAUUUGAUGUUCGAAAUCUUCGCACCCAAAAUAGGUCUACUUUUACAACCCCAGAUCGGCAGACGAUUUACUCUUGGAUACUCUCUGAUCAGUAUUUGAUAGGUCUUAUGCACGCGCCAACCAAACUUUUUGCAUGGAAUCUAUCAUGUGAAGAAGAACAUUUUCACAGCGUUCUCCUUCCUGCCAAUCCAUUUAGUUUCUCUGCCCACCACGAUCAAGUCGGCAUUGUGAGUGCAACAUUUGAGUUACUGAUGUGGUCCGUGGGAGGCCAGUUAAAGAACCUUCAGACAAUCAAACCGAGGAAAGCUUUUGCGAAUGAAAAGAUUGUUGUCGCAGAUAUAUUUUUUCAUGCCAUAGAUCCAGAUCGCUGUUUUUUUAUUUACCACUCAAGGGUUCAAUCUGGUCCGGGCACAACAUGUGUGAACAGAAUUACGGUACAAAGCUUGUUAAAGGGUAAAAUCAAUAAGGUGCUUCGAACGGAAUUAACGUCAAACUCUCCGCCCUCCGGUCAACGCAAUUGCCUAAUCUCCAACGAUGGGCUUAUCGGAAUCGAAGUACAAGGCCACCUGGAGAGAGCUCAGGAUGGAAAUUAUCAACUCUUGACGUUUGACAUGAACAAUGAAAGGUUUAAACAUCAUGAAUUAAGACUACACCACAGUGUAAAGAAUUCUUUAAAUAAUGGAUACAAUUUGAUAUGGCGGGACCAAAUCUAUCAUCCUGUUUUUAGAGAUGAAGGUGGGAAUGGAUUUCAAAUAAAAGUUAUCAUGAUACAGAAAUUAUUGUUGGAUAUCUGGGACUACCCCUCAGAAAAUACUUGUGGGCUUGGUACUGAAAGCUCAAGUCUUCUUCGGGGAGAAACGAGUUUGAGUAGUAUUCAUACGACAGUAGAGGCCGAAACACCUGUGCGCGAAAGAAGGAUCUGGGGCGAUGAUGACUACUUAGUGCUUUUAGCGAAGGAUGGGCUACUCGUUUGGCAGUUUGAUCUGAAUAAUCGUUAA